CUAUUUUCAAUGGGUUUUAUAAUUAUUUAGUCAUGAUAUUUUUGAAUGAAUUCAAUAAUUCUGUUUAAUAAACGAGGUCAUUGUUUAAAGUGCCAUUAAAUACAUGCAUACAGACAGACCAUGACGUUCAUCCUUGCCAUAUUUGGAGGAUGUAGAUAGAAAUGGGCGUAUUUUGUUUCUAUUUAUUUAUAAAAUGAGUAAUUAUAUUGUAUUGAAGUAUAGUAUCAAUUUAGAAAAUUCUAUACAAAUAUAAAUAAAAUAUCAAGAGAAAAUUAAUAUAAAAAAUUACGUAGUUUAUUUCACAUAACCUUAAUCAUAUUAAAUAUUCACAAAAAUGACUGAAGCUUUGACUAAAAAUUUUGCCGCUGAGGAUUUUAAUCCUGACAAAUUUGUUAAAGAAUUGAGUUCUCAAUGUAUUGGAGCAGAUGAACUCCAUAAACAACGAGCAAAGAUUCAAGAAUUAGCUGAUAAUACAUCUGCACAGCUUAAACGCAAUGUAUACCAAAAUUACAUGCAAUUUAUUGAAACAGCUAAAGAAAUAUCUCAUUUAGAAAGUGAAAUGUAUCAAUUAUCACAAUUGCUCAGUGAACAAAGAUCACUUCUCAGUACGUUAGGCUCAAGUAGAACAACUGGAGCAAUAUUUGAUGAUCCAUCUAAAGCUCAACAAGAAGAAGAAGAAGAUUCAAAUGUUAUGACAAAAGAAGAAGAGCAAAAGCAAAAAUUAAUUCAAUUGUUAGAAAAUGUCGAAGGAGCGAUGAAUUUAGUGGAAACACCAGGUCGGAUUUGUUUACAUGAAGGAUCAUUGUUAGAAUUAGAUCCUUUAGAAGGUACUCCAUUAAAGAGAGUGCAUGCUUAUCUUUUCAACGAUAUCCUUAUGAUUGCCUCCUGGCUUCAUACUGGUGGACGAAGAGGCCCGCCACGUUAUAAAAUGCAAGCAGUAUAUAAUUUACAGAGUUUAGCAAUAGUAAACGUGAGAGAUUUAGGAACAGUUAAACUUGCCUUUAAAUUAUUAGCUUUCCCAGAUACCAGGGUCUUCCAGUGUGCUUCUGCUACAAGCAAGAAAGAGUGGCUAGAUAAAUGUGAACAAGCUAAAAGAGCACGUCUUAUCCAAGAUAAUCAAUUAGAGCCGGAUUAUCAAGAGAUUUCGAAAGAGAAUGCACUUGCACCUUCUCGUUCAAUAUCUCUAGAUUCGAAUCUAUUAGGAGCGGAAGAUGGUGAUGAGUCCGAAGGAGGAGUCCAAUUUCCAGAGUGGUUAUUAGAAGUAACAGAAGAUCUGGACUCAUGUAUGGCACAGAGACACUUUGAAGAAGCCCAUAAUUUAUUAGAGAGAGCAAAAAAUUAUUUAAAAGAAGCACAUACCACUCCACAGUUGAAUGAAAUUAAAGUUAAAGUUGAAGAAAGAGGUAAAACUCUUGUUGAUGUGUUAACUCGUGAAUUAGAAUUGAGUGCAGAAGCUAAAUCUUUACAAGGAGGAGGGUUACGAAGUGCUCGAAGAGCUGUAAGACUUUUAAUACAAUUAAAUAGAAGUGCACAAGCUUGUCAAUUAUAUCUUCAGCUAUGUAGUGCUGCUCUGAAAGCACGGUUAAAACGUGUCAAGCGAGAAGGAACAACCAUUCCGUAUGUUAAACAAGUCAGCGCAAUUGCUUUCAGUAAUACUUCCGAUAUGGCCAAAGAGUUUUUGAAACUUUUUCCGCCAUCAACUAAUUGUACGUCGAGUCUGGUUGUUUGGUGCAGUCAAGAAAUUAAACAUCUUACAUCGCAUUUAAUUAAGCAGUUGUUUAUUCCCCAAGUCACUUUAGGAACACUAGUAGAAUGCAUCUCUACAGUUCGCAGUCAUUGUGAUCAACUUACUCAAUUAGGUAUUGAUUUGCGUUAUCAAUUAGAUGGUCAAUUAAGAUCACCAUUAGCAAAAGCACUUCAAGAAGCUGGGGAGAAAUAUGUUGACGCAGUGAAAGUUCGUGCUGCUGAAGACAACUGGCAUCCAUCGAAUAUGCAAACAAGUCAAAAUUUGCAAAAAUUACUAGCAGAGUUGGAUGACCUCGGUAUUCCUGUACCAACUGCCUUCGUAACUAGUGAUUGCUGGAUCUCAUUGACUAGUAACACACUGGCCUUUUCUCGACUUUAUGUAGGACUUCUUGAAGACUGUCUCAGUGUAUCUACGCCUGAACUCAUACGCACUAUUGACAAUGUACUCAUUUCUGUAAUGCGUACUCAAGUUGAACAUCUCAUAGCAUCCAUAGAAAAUCCUAAAUUUAAACAACAGAGAAAAUUAGUGCAAGAUAAUGCAACAUAUGUUCGUGACAUAAUUAUUGAACGUGGUUUAGAACUCUACAAAAGUACAAUAGGGCAAGAGUUUACGAAGCUGGUUGGAUUGAAAAGACAAAUAAUUAUUCAACCAACAGCUAUCAAUAAACCAAAGCCCGCGCCUAGAACUUCAGUUCCUAAAUACUCGAACAGUGAAUAUAUAUGAGUUGCUAUUGCAUCUUUGCUUUUUUGUAUGUUAACAACAUCUGUAACAUAAUGUAAAUAGACAAAAAAUUACUUUUCAAUGUAA